GUGAGAAUGGCUGCAACUUCCACCACUUUAUUUGUCUCUCUGUCUCUCUCUUUCCCUUCCAAUCUCAUCCUAUUCCGUUUUCUCAGCAGUACUCAAUUGAUCCAUUUGUUUUUCUAUUCGUUUUGAGAACUUUGAGAGUAUAUGGCCGGCAUAGACUUGGGUUCAGCAUCACAACACUUUGUUCAUCGUCUUCAACGCCCUGACCUAGAAGUUCAUGAUGAGAGUCAAGAUCAAGAUGGAAACAAUAACCAUGAAGGGCUUGAUCUAGUUUCACCAAAUCAUGGUCUUGGUGAUGUUGUUGGUCGUAGACCAAGGGGCAGACCUCCAGGCUCAAAGAACAAACCUAAACCUCCUGUGAUCAUUACAAGAGAGAGUGCAAACACGCUUAGGGCUCAUAUUCUUGAGGUUAGUAGUGGUUGCGACGUGUUUGACUCGGUCGCUACCUAUGCGAGGAAGCGUCAAAGAGGGAUCUGUGUUCUUAGUGGCAGUGGAACUGUCACUAACGUGACCCUGCGACAGCCAGCUGCCGCAGGAUCUGUAGUGACACUUCAUGGAAGAUUUGAGAUAUUGUCUUUGUCUGGAUCGUUUCUACCGCCCCCGGCUCCACCGGGGGCAACAAGUUUGAGUGUGUUUCUUGGCGGAGGUCAAGGUCAAGUCGUCGGAGGAAAUGUUGUUGGCCCUUUGGUUGCUUCUGGACCGGUUAUCGUUAUUGCUUCGUCGUUUACUAACGUAGCGUACGAGAGGUUACCGUUAGAUGAAGACGAAUCUCUUCAGAUGCAACAAGGGCAAUCAUCUGCAGGUGGUGGUGGUGAUGGUGUUAAUAACUCGUUUCCCGACCCGUCUUCGGGGCUUCCAUUCUUCAACUUACCUCUAAAUAUGCCUCAAUUACCUGUGGAUGGUUGGAAUGGAAACUCUGGUGGAAGACAAUCUUAUUGAGCUUAAUCAUGUUACAAAGAUUUGGAUUCAAGUGGAGAAGAGAAAUCUGCAGAAUGAAGAACAAAUUUACAUGUAGAGUCAAAGGGAAAAGAUAUGAUAUAAAAAAGGAAAAGGCUCUAAGUUGAGAGUGUUUUAGAAUUUUUGUAGGGGUUUUCAUUAUAGAAUUUAUCUUAAGUAAUCUUUAAAACAAACAUUGUUAGAAGUCAAAUAGGUUCUUCUAUUGCCCUGAAAAACGUAAAUAGAUUCUAAUCUUCAUAUAUUACUAUAUUCAUUUAUUCAAAGAGACAAAAUAUAUUUGUGCAAAACACUAUAUACUUUUAGAUAUAAGAAUUUUGAUAAGCUAA